AUGUUUGCUAUCCACGACUCUGCAUAUUACCUGGUCAUAGUGGGGACCAAUACAGAGGUUUUAAACUACUUGAUCCAAAGUAAGAACCACUCUCUUAAAAUUAGAAAUGAUUGUUUUUUUUUUCUUUGUGAUUACUCUUUGUACAACACAUAUUUUCAUAUGUGAAUUCAUCUGCCGUGCAAAUGAAUACUGCAUCAGCAGCAAUUAUAAUUGACUCUACAAUAGUUUAUUUUAGCAACGCUAGUAUUUACACACUAGUGUUGCUAGGAAUUAGCUUGCAAAAAAAACGAAUGGGGGGGGGGGGGGGGGGGGGGUUUGAGAAAAAAAAAAAAAAAACAUCUAAUAGAACAUUAAUUAAACAGACUUUCCAAGCGUGGGUAUGUUGUAGACCCUCUUCCUCUCCGUUUAUCUCAUGUCAAAAUAAAAGUCCUGCAAGUGCGCCAUACAUGCGCACAAAAAAGCAAGAACUUGUGGGGGACUUUUAAUUUUGACAUGAGGUAAGCAGAGAGGAACUGACCUCGCUAAGGAACUGCAUGGGUCUACAACAGACCCACGUUUGGAAAUUCUGUUUAAUUAUACGUUCCAUUAGAUGUUCUUUCUCAAAUUCCCCCUGCAUAAAGACAAAGCCUACAGACAAUCGAGUAAGUUGAAAUUGAAUUUUAUUUAACUUCUGGCUUUUCAGUUGUUUUCCAAGCUAAUUCCCAGCAAUGCUAGUGUGUGAAGUUUUGUUGUUAAAAUAGUUUUUUUGUAGGUCCAUUCCUGAAAAAACGUAAUAUCAAGUCUCUCACUGUCUUUGAUUUAUGACUGACUGUAGUCUGUUGUAUAGGAAAGCACAGUGGCAGAUUCUACAGCAAGCCUCCCCUGCUGAAACCUAAAGGCACCCAUAUCAAAAUACUUGAGUCAUGCAAAGCUUGCAUUUGAUGAACAUUCAUUUGUUGUAUGUCCUUAUGUAAAGAUUAAUAAAUGAAUGCAAAACAAGUCAAUUUAAUAGUUGUAAUUUAUGUUGCAUUUGUUUAGAUGGAAUUGUCAAUCAGUAAAGCAGAAGCCAAGGGAUUAAUAAAACGUGGUUAAAAAUAAGUGGCAAGAGUUGUGGAACAGGGAGAGUAAGGGAAGACACCUGUAUAAGAUACAGGAAAGGUGGGGGCAGGGAGGUCCUCAGGCUGAGAGAGACGGGAGGAAAGUGUAGUCACAAGGCUGAGACUGUGACACUCUAGGCUAAAUAGUACAUUGAAAGUGGUGGGGAAACAUCCGACUGGGAGGUGUGAUCAUUGUCAGGAGGAUGGCCCCGUGUAGCUCAGUUGGUAGAGCAUGGCGCUUGCAACGGGUUGUGGGUUCGAUUCCCACGGGGGCCAGUAUGAAAAUGUAGGCACUCUAACUGUAAGUCGCUCUGGAUAAGAGCGUCUGCUAAAUGACAAAAAAAGAAAGAUGGAGACGGAGACAGUGGAACAUGUUCUAUUUCAGUGCCAGAAAUAUGUGAGAGAAAGGGAGCGAUUGUUAUUAGAUUUUAGGAUAAAUGGGGUUGAAGAGCCAGGAUUAAGUGACUACUGUGGGAAUCUUCAGGGGAUGUAGUUAUGCAUUUCGUUUCCUUAGGGAGACGAGAUUAUUGGGUAGGAUUUAGACCUUCACUGUCUCUGGUCCACGCUCCAGUCUAGUUGGUGGCGGUAAUGCACCUUAAAGUUGGUUUCCAACCGCGAAGAAGAAGAAGACGACGAUUCAGCCCUGCAGAUUUUACGGAAAUUGCGUCAGUUUAUAAACAUCACAAACAUGGCGAUUUACAGGCAGGUCGGGAGGUUGUUGGGUAUUUCUCUAAGAAUUUCAAGUCCGUAAGUUGUCCUCUCUGUGGAUUUGUUGAGUACUGAAGAUAUCUAUUAAGCUUUAGGAAUGCAUGUUUGCGUCAACUAAUUAGUAACUAAGCAGCUAGCUAACGUUAGCUAGCUAGAUAGCUAGCUUGCUCUUAACUGUUUCAUAAGCCAAGCCGAGGUCUGACGCAGAUAUCAGACUUGAGCUAACGUGAUUAGUGUAGCUCCAUCUCCAGUUAAAAGUUAUAACAGUUACAAUAUAAUUGAACUGGUUUAAUAGAACAUGAUUAUUUAUAGCUAACUAGUGGCUCAGCUUGCCUCUCACUGGGGGAAAAUACACCAGCCCAGUAAGCACAUAAUGAUGCAGUGGGAGUUUGAUCACAGGAAUAUUUUCAUAAUGGGUUUUUGGAAGUAACAUUUCUGCACACUAUUUCAUCAAAUUGAAUUGUUCAUUGUCAGCAUGCUGUACUCCAAAAUGUUGUUACAUCAUGUGACUAAUCAGAUUAUCUACAAUCUAGCGUGACUGAUUGUUUUUAUUUAGCCUGGUUGAUCGUGGUGAUCAAUUUACCCAAUUCUUAUCCUAUCUUAACCUGCUCAAAAUGUUAUUUUUUUUCUUAAGCCUUGCUGUGCGUGCAUAUCAGUAUGCUGGACUGCAUUGGACUCCACUCAACAUUGGUGUCACAAGGAGAUGGUCACUGCCACCAUUUUCAGUUGUUUGUGGUAGGCAUGAAAACUAUGUAAAGUGUGUAUUUACAUUGCCUUCAGAAAGUUUUCAUGCCCUUUGACUUUUUCCUCAUUUUGUGUUACAGCCUGAAUUUAAAAUUGAUUAAAUAGAGAUUUUUUUUGUCACUGGCCUACACAUAAUGCCCUAUAACAGGGAUUCUUCAAUUCCGGUCCUGGAGGGCCGAAACACUUCUGUUUUUUAUUUCUACCUUGUAGUUAAUUGCACUCACCUGGUGUCCCAGGUUUGAAUUAGCCCCAGAUUAGAAGGAGAGGAUGAAAAACAGAGGUGUUUCAGCCCUCCAGGACCGGAAUUGAAGAUCCAUACCCUAUAAUAUCAAAGUGUAAUUAUGUUUUUCAAAAUUAAUUUCACCAUGAGGCCAAUGGUGACUUUGAAACAGUUCGUUUAAUGGCUGUGAUAGAACUGAGGAUGGGUCAACAACAUUGUAGUUACUCUACAUUAGCCUAAUUGACAGUGAAAAGGAAGCCUGUACAGAAUAAAAAAUAUUACAAAACAUGCAUCCUGUUUGCAACAAGGCACUACAAGUAAUAACCUUUUGUCCUGAAUACAAAGUGUUGUGUUUGUGAAAUGAAUUCACCUUUCAUCAGGGCAAUAAGCUAAAACACAAGGCCAAAUCUACAAUAUAUUUGCUUACCAAGAAGACAGUGAAUGUUCCAGUGGCAGAGUUACAGUUUUGACUUAAAUCUACUUGAAAAUCUAUGGCAAGACCUAAAAAUGGUUGUCUAGCAAUGAUCAACAACCAAUUUGACAGAGGUUGAAGAAUUUUGAAAAUAAUAAUGGGCAAAUGUUGUACAAUCCAGGUGUGGAAAAUUCUUAGACUCGCAGCUGUAAUUGCUGCCAAAGGUGCAUUGACUCAGGUGUGAAUACUUACAGUACCAGUCAAAAGUUUGGACACACCUACUGAAUAAAUUGUUGAAUAAUAGUGAAAACAUCAAAACUAUGAAAUAACACAUGGAAUCAUGUAGUAACCAAAAAGUGUUAAACAAAUCAAAAUAUAUUUUAGAUUCUUCAAAGUAGCCACCCUUUGCCUUGAUGACAGCUUUGCAAACUCUUGGCAUUCUCUCAACCAGCUUCACCUGGAAUGCUUUUCCAACAGUCUUGAAGGAGUUCCCACAUAUGCUGAGCACUUGUUGGCUGCUUUUCCUUCACUCUGUGGUCCAACUCAUCCCAAACCAUCUCAAUUGGGUUGAGGUUGGGGGAUUGUGGAGGCCAGGUCAUCUGAUGCAGCACUCCACUCUCCUUGGUAAAAUAGCCCUUACACAGCCUGGAGGUAUGUUGGGUCAUUGUCCUGUUGAAAAACAAAUGAUAGUCCCACUAAGCGUAAACCAGAUGGGAUGGCGUAUCGCUGCAGAAGGCUGUGGGAGCCAUGCUGGUUAAGUGUGCCUUGAAUUCUAACUAAAUCACAGACAGUGUCACCAGCAAAGCACCAUCAUACCACCUCUUCCAUGCUUCACGGUGGGAACCACACAAGUGGAGAUCAUCCGUUCACAUACUGUGCAUUUUGGUUGGAACCAAAAAUCUCAAAUUUGGACUCAGACCAAACGACAUAUUUCCACCAGUCUAAUGUCCAUUGCUCGUGUUUCUUGGCCCAAGCAAGUCUCUUAUUGGUGUCCUUUUAUUAGUGGUUUCUUUGCAGCAAUUCGACCAUGAAUCAAAUCAAAUUUUAUUGGUCACAUGCACCGAAUACAACAGGUGCAGACAUUACAGUGAAAUGCUUACUUACAGCCCUUAACCAACAGUGCAUUUAUUUUAAACAAAAAAAAUAAAGGAAAAAUAAAACAACAACAAAAAAAGUGUUGAGAAAAAAAGAGCAGAAGUAAAAUAAAGUGACAGUAGGGAGGCUAUAUAUACAGGGGGGUACCGUUGCAGAGUCAAUGUGCGGGGGCACCGGCUAGUUGAGGUAGUUGAGGUAAUAUGUACAUGUGGGUAGAGUUAAAGGCCUGAUUCACGCAGUCUCCUCUGAACAGUUAAUGUUGAUGUGUAUGUGACUUGAACUCUGUGAUGCAUUUAUUUGGACUGCAAUUUCUGAGGCAGGUAACUAAUGAAUUUAUCCUCUGCAGCAGAGGUAACUCUGGGUCUUCCGUUCCUGUGGCGGUCCUCAUGAGAGCCAGUUUCAUCAUAGCGCUUGAUGGUGUUUGCGACUGCACUUGAAGAAACCUUCAAAGUUCUUGAAUUUUUCCGUGUUGACUAACCUUCAUGUCUUAAAGUAAUGAUCGACUGUCGUUUCUCUUUGCUUAUUUGAGCUGUUCUUGCCAUAAUAUAUAAUAAUAUGCCAUUUAGCAGACGCUUUUAUCCAAAGCGACUUAGUCAUGUGUGCAUACAUUUUUACGUAUGGGUGGUCCCGGGGAUCGAACCCACUACCUUGGCGUUACAAGCGCAAUGCUCUACCAAUUGAGCUACAGAGGACCACAAAUAUGGACUUGGUCUUUUACCAAAUAGGACUAUCUUCUGUAUACCACCCCUACCUUGAUUGGCUCAAACGCAUUAAGAAGGAAAGAAAUUCCACAAAUUAACUUUUAACAAGGCACACCUGUUAAUUGAAAUGCAUUCCAGGUGACUACCUCAUGAAGCUGGUUCAGAGAAUGCCAAGAGUGUGCAAAGCUGUCAAGGCAAAGGGUGGCUACUUUGAAGAAUGUCAAAUAUAAAAUAUAUUUUGAUUUGUUUAACACUUUUUUGCUUACUACAUGAUUCCAUAUGUGUUAUUUCAUAGUUUUGAUGUCUUCACUAAUAUUCUACAAUGUAGAAAAUAGUAAAAAUAAAGUGUGUAGAUGAGUGAGGAAACACAAAGUUUGGAAUAAGUCAAUUGGUAUGAAUACUUUCUGAAGGCACUGUAAAUGUCUCCAUUUUGCAGAAGCUAUAUAAAAUGUGUUGUAGCACCACAAUAGCGCAAAUGAUUUUGACAAUAUUGUGCCCCUCUCUUUCCAGCAAGGACCAUGUUCAUUCAGACUCAAGACACUCCCAACCCAAACAGCUUGAAGUUUCUGCCUGGUCGCAUGGUCCUCGAACAAGGAACAAUGGAUUUUGCUGCACCCCGGGAAGCCUAUUGCUCACCCCUCGCUAGGUUAAUAACUUAGGCUACUGAAACCAUUCCUCCCGAUAUGGGAUAUAACUUUUUUACACAUUUGGAAAAAAACAAGCAGUCUGAUAGAGAUCUUGUUACAGCCCUAACUUAUCUUGGGCAACAAAUCAAAUGUUAUUUGUCACUUGCGCUGAAUACAACAGGUGUAGACCUUACUGUGAAAUGCUUACUUACAAGCCCUUAACCAACAAUGCCGUUUUAAGAAAAUAAAGUUAAGAAAAUAUUUACUAAAUAAACUAAAGAAAAAAUUACACAAUAGAAUAACAAUGAGGUUAUAUACAGGGAGUACCGGUACUGAGUCAAUGUACGGGGGUACAGGUUAGUCGAGGUAAUUUGGACAUGUAGGUAGGGGUAAAGUGACUAUGCAUAGAUAAUAAACAGCAAGUAGCAGCAGUGUAAAAACAACAUUGUAACUUCAUAUUAUUUCUUCAGGCAGCUAUUUAGAAUCGAUGGUGUCAAGGGUGUCUUUUUGGGUCCUGACUUCAUUACCAUAACCAAGGUAAGAUUUCCAGUCAUUUAAAUCAAAUGUUAUUUGUCACAUGCGCCGAAUACAACAGGUGUAGACUUUACUGUGAAAUGCUUACUUACGAGCCCUUUCCCGACAAUGCAGAGUUAAAAAGUAAGAAAAAUGACCAAAUCAUGGCUUAGAAAUGAUGAGAAUUGCUCUGUUUCUGUCUUCUUAUUCAGACAGAUAUAGAUCUGGAAUGGAAGUUAAUCAAACCUGAUGUGUUUGCUGCUAUUAUGGACUUUUUCACCUCUGGACUCCCUGUUGUCAAUGAGGAGGACACCCCUCGUGCAGAUACAGGCAUGGAACAUACACACAGACAAGCAAACACAAUCACUGGUUAAGGCUUUACAAGACAUGCACUUAACAUAGGAUAGGCUUUAGCAAUAAUGACUGUAUAAAAUCAAUAAUUCAAGAGCUGAUGUAUAUUGUAUGCACACACAAAAAAGGGGGGGGGGGGGGGGGGGGGGUUUAAAAACUAUUUUAUACUAAAACAAUUGCUUGGAGAAAGAUUUUGUUAAACAAUAAAUACUUAUUUUCUUCAAAAAGGUACAGGUCAAAAUGAUUGACACCCCUAAUGAUUCUUGUAAAUAAAGUAGUCAAAAGUUAAUUUGGUCCCAUAUUCCUAGCACGCAAUGACUACAUCAAGCUUGUGACUCUACAAACCUGUUGGAUGCAUUUGCAGUUGGUUUUGGUUGUGUUUCAGACUAUUUGGUGUCCAAUAGCAAUGAAUGGUAAAUAAUACAUUGUCAUUUUGGAGUCACUUUUAUUGUAAAUAAGAAAAUAGAAUGUUUCUAAACACUACAUUAAUGUGGAUAAUCCUGAAUUAAUCGUGAAUAAUGAUGUGAGAAAGUUAGAGGGUCAAAUAUCAUACCCCCAAGACAUGCGAACCUCCCUUAUUAUUGGUAAUUAUGAGAGGUUAGCAUGUCCCCUUAUUGAACUCGUACCUCGUUCAAAUCAAUGUGUGAUAAUCACUGUCUAUCAUCAGUACCAGAAGUGGUCUAUAUAUUCGAGCAAGUCAAUUAAUAAUACAGUGUGACUUGCGUAGUGCGUGCAUUUUGUCAGUCUCGUCGCUAACUAGUUUGUAACCUGAAAAAAAGGCCAAUGUUCGCGAAUUAAUUCUAGUAUAGAGUAUAACGUGACAUCAUACCAAGCGGUAACAUCAAUGACAGGAAUUAUGGCGUGAUAAACUGUCAAUCAAGUAGCUAGCAAUGUCUAUCUGGCUAGUUAACGUUAGCUAGCUACGUAUUGGAAAUGGGUGUGUAGCACACUGUUUAUACACAUCAAAACGCUUAGUCGCCCUCAUGACAAACAUGAAUAUGUUUCUAAACACUUCUACAUUAAUGUGGAUGCUACCAUGAUUACGGAUAAGAAUGAAUUGUGAAUAAUGAUGAUUGAGAAAGUUAGUGGUUCAAAGACCCUAACCCCAAGACAUGCUAACCUCUCACCAUUAUCAAAAACAGGGAAGGUUAGCAUGUCUUGGGGGUAUGAUAUUUGACCCGCUGUAACUUUCUCACUCGUCAUUAUUCACGAUUCAUUCAGGAGUUUCCACAACCAUGGUAGCAUCCACAUUAAUGUAGAAGUGUUUAGAAACGUAUUCUAUUCUUAUUUACAAUAAAAGUGGCUCCAAAAUGACGCUACAUUAUUUACCAUUAAUUUCUAUUCGGCACAAAAUAAUUUGAAACACAGCCAAAACUAACUGAAAAUGCAUCCAAAAUGUUUGUUGAGUCACAAGCUUGAUGUAGUCAUUGCGUGCUAGGAAUAUGAGACAUAAUACUAAACUUUGUUUAUACGAAUCUUUAGGGGUGUCGAUAAUUUUGACCCCUGCCAAAAAAAAAUUUGAGCAAUUGUAUUAAUAUAAAAUAAUAUAAUUUCCCCCAAAAAAUCUACAGUGGGGAAAAAAAGUAUUUAGUCAGCCACCAAUUGUGCAAGUUCUCCCACUUAAAAAGAUGAGAGAGGCCUGUAAUUUUCAUCAUAGGUACACAUCAACUAUGACAGACAAAUUGAGAAAAAAAAAUCCAGAAAAUCACAUUGUAGGAUUGUUUAUGAAUUUAUUUGCAAAUUAUGGUGGAAAAUAAGUAUUUGGUCACCUACAAACAAGCAAGAUUUCUGGCUCUCACAGACCUGUAACUUCUUCUUUAAGAGGCUCCUCUGUCCUCCACUCGUUACCUGUAUUAAUGGCACCUGUUUGAACUUGUUAUCAGUAUAAAAGACACCUGUCCACAACCUCAAACAGUCACACUCCAAACUCCACUAUGGCCAAGACCAAAGAGCUGUCAAAGGACACCAGAAACAAAAUUGUAGACCUGCACCAGGCUGGGAAGACUGAAUCUGCAAUAGGUAAGCAGCUUGGUUUGAAGAAAUCAACUGUGGGAGCAAUUAUUAGGAAAUGGAAGACAUACAAGACCACUGAUAAUCUCCCUCGAUCUGGGGCUCCACGCAAGAUCUCACCCCGUGGGGUCAAAAUGAUCACAAGAACGGUGAGCAAAAAUCCCAGAACCACACGGGGGGACCUAGGGAAUGACCUGCAGAGAGCUGGGACCAAAGUAACAAAGCCUACCAUCAGUAACACACUACGCCGCCAGGGACUCAAAUCCUGCAGUGCAAGACGUGUCCCCCUGCUUAAGCCAGUACAUGUCCAGGCCCGUCUGAAGUUUGCUAGAGUGCAUUUGGAUGAUCCAGAAGAGGAUUGGGAGAAUGUCAUAUGGUCAGAUGAAACCAAAAUAGAACUUUUUGGUAAAAACUCAACUCGUCGUGUUUGGAGGACAAAGAAUGCUGAGUUGCAUCCAAAGAACACCAUACCUACUGUGAAGCAUGGGGGUGGAAACAUCAUGCUUUGGGGCUGUUUUUCUGCAAAGGGACCAGGACGACUGAUCCGUGUAAAGGAAAGAAUGAAUGGGGCCAUGUAUCGUGAGAUUUUUAGUGAAAACCUCCUUCCAUCAGCAAGGGCAUUGAAGAUGAAACGUGGCUGGGUCUUUCAGCAUGACAAUGAUCCCAAACACACCGCCCGGGCAACGAAGGAGUGGCUUCGUAAGAAGCAUUUCAAGGUCCUGGAGUGGCCUAGCCAGUCUCCAGCUCUCAACCCCAUAGAAAAUCUUUGGAGGGAGUUGAAAGUCCGUGUUGCCCAGCGACAGCCCCAAAACAUCACUGCUCUAGAGGAGAUCUGCAUGGAGGGAUGGGCCAAAAUACCAGCAACAGUGUGUGAAAACCUUGUGAAGACUUACAGAAAACGUUUGACCUGUGUCAUUGCCAACAAAUGGUAUAUAACAAAGUAUUGACAAACUUUUGUUAUUGACCAAAUACUUAUUUUCCACCAUAAUUUGCAAAUAAAUUCAUUAAAAAUCCUACAAUGUGAUUUUCUGGAAUUUUUUUUCUCAUUUUGUCUGUCAUAGUUGACGUGUACCUAUGAUGAAAAUUACAGGCCUCUCUCAUCUUUUUAAGUGGGAGAACAUGCACAAUUGGUGGCUGACUAAAUACUUUUUUUCCCCACUGUAGCUCAGUAUUAUUUUAUUUUAUUUUAUACAUUUACAUUUUAGUCAUUUAGCAGACGCUCUUAUCCAGAGCGACUUACAGUUAGUGAAUGCAUACAUUCUUCAUACUGGACCCCCGUGGGAAUCGAACCCACAACCCUGGCAUUGCAAGCGCCGUGCUCUACCAACUGAGCUACAGGAGGCCUUAUUAUUAUUAUCAUUAUUGGACAGGAAAAGGCACAACUCUCGCUCACCAUUAAAACGUAGUAGUUUUAUUAGACAAGUUUAAAAUAUUGACGUUUUGGCCUUCAAUGGCCUUCUUCAAAAUAUUCACAAAGGGAAUGGGAAAGUUCAUAUAGGGCAUGGGGAAAACAAUUAGGGAGAUAACUCUCUUCAGCUGGUUGGUACUCAGGGUGUGGUGGGUUUAUCUUUAUCAAGGGUAUCAAUUUCAGAAGUGUGUGUCUGUGUAUACAGUACUUGUUGGCUGCUUUUCCUUCACUCUGCAGUCCAACUCAUUCCAAACCAUCACAAUUGGGUUGAGGUCGGGUGAUUGUGGAGGCCAGGUCAUCUGAUGCAGCACUCCAUCACUCUCCUUCUUGUUCAAAUAGCCCUUACACAGCCUGGAGGUGUGUUGGGUCAUUAUUCUGUUGAAAAAUAAAUUAUAGUCCCACUAAGCGCAAACCAGAAGGGAUGGCGUAUUGCUGCAGAAUGCUGUGGUAGCCAUGCUGGUUAAGUGUGCCUUGAAUUCUAACUAAAUCACAGACAGUGUCACCAGCAAAGCACCAUCACACCUCCUCUUCCAUGCUUAACGGUGGGAACCACACAAGCGGAGAUCAUCCGUUCACAUACUCUGCAUUUUGGUUGGAACCAAAAAUCUCAAAUUUGGACUCAGACCAAAGGACAGAUUUCCACCGGUCUAAUGUCCAUUGCUUGUGUUUCUUGGCCCAAGCAAGUCUCUUCUUAUUGGUGUCCUUUUAUUAGUGGUUUCUUUGCAGCAAUUCGACCAUGAAGGCCUGACUCAUGCAGUCUCCUCUGAACAGUUGAUGUUGAGAUGUCUGUUACUUGAACUCUGAAGCAUUUAUUUGGACUGCAAUUUCUGAGGCAGGUAACUCUAAUUAACUUAUCCUCUGCAGCAGAGGUAACUCUGGGUCUUCCUUUCCUGUGGCGGUCCUCAUGAGAGCCAGUUUCAUCAUAGCGCUUGAUGGUUUUUGUGACUGCACUUGAAGAAACUUGAUAUUCUUGAAAUUUUCCGUAGUGACUGACCUUCAUGUCUUAAAGUAAUGAUGGACUGUCGUUUCUCUUUGCAUAUUUGAGCUGUUCUUGCCAUAAUAUGGACUUGGUCUUUUACCAAAUAGGACUAUCUUCUGUAUACCACCCCUACCUUGUCACAACACAACUGAUUGGCUGAAACGCAUUAAGAAGGAAAGAAAUUUCACAAAUUAACUUUUAACAAGGCACACCUGUUAAUUGAAAUGCAUUCCAGAUGACUACCUCAUGAAGCUGGUUGGGAGAAUGCCAAGAGUGUGCGAAGCUGUCAUCAAGGCAAAGGGUGGCUACUUUGAAGAAUGUCAAAUAUAAAAUAUAUUUUGAUUUGUUUAACACUAUUUUGGUUACUACAUGAUUCCAUAUGUGUUAUUUCAUAGUUUUGAUGUCUUCACUAUUAUUCUACAAUGUAGAAAAUAGUAAAAAUAAAGAAAAACCCUGGAAUGAGUAGGUGUCCAAACUUUUGACUGGUACUGUAUAUACACACACACACACACACAGACAGUGUAUAUAAGUAUUUGGACAGUGACACAAUUUGCAUCAUUUUGGCUCUGUACGCCACCACAAUGGAUUUGAAAGGAAACAAUCAAGAUGUGCUUCAAGUGUAGACUUUCAUCUUUAAUUUAAGGGUUUUGUCAAAAUUAUUGUAUGUACCAUGUAGGAAUUACAACCAUUUUUAUACAUAGCCCCCCAAUUUUAGGGGUUCAGAAGUAAUUGGACAAACUAACAUAAUCAGAAAUUAAAUUGUGAGUUUUAAUACUUGGUUGCAAAUCCUUUGCAGUCAAUUACUGCCUUAAGUCUGGAACCCAUAGACAUCACCAGAUGCUGGGUUUCUUCCCUGGUGAUGCUCUGCCAGGCCUUUACUGCAGCUGUCUUCAGUUCCUGAUUGUUCUUGGGGCGUUUUGCCUUCAGCAAGUGAAAUGCAUGCUCAAUUGGAUUCAGGUCAGGUGAUUGACUUGGCCAUUGCAGAACAUUCCACUUCUUUGCCUUAAAUAAGUAUUGGGUUGCUUUCGCAGAAUGCUUCGGGUCAUUGUCCAUCUGCACUGUGAUGCGCCGUCCAAUGAGUUUUGAAGCAUUUGGCUGAAUCUGAGCAGAUAAUAUAGCCCUAAACAAUUCUGAAUUCAUCCUGCUGCUUUUGUCAGCAGUCACAUCAUCAAUGAAUACAAGGGAACCAGUUCCAUUGGCAGCCAUACAUGCCCACGCCAUAACACUACCUCCACCAUGCUUCACAGAUGAGGUGGUAUGCUUCGGAUCAUGAGCAGUUCCUUCCCUUCUCCAUACUCUUCUCUUCCCAUCAUACUGGUACAAGUUGAUCUUGGUCUCAUCUGUCCAUAGGAUGUUGUUCCAGAACUGUACAGGCUUUUUUUAGAUGUUUUUUGGCAAAUCUGGUCUUCCUGUUUUUGAGGCUUACCAAUGGUUUACAUCUUGUGGUAAACCCUCAGUAUUUACUCUGGUGAAGUCUUCUCUUGAUUGUUGACUUUGACACAGAUACGCCUACCUCCUGGAGGGUGUUCUUGAUCUGGCCAACUGUUGUGAAGGGGUUUUUCUUCACCAGGGAAGGAAUUCUUCUGUCAUCCACCACAGUUGUUUUCCGUGGUCUUCCGGGCCUUUUGGUGUUCCUGAGCUUACCAGUGCGUUCUUUCUUUUUAAGAAUGUACCAAAUAGUUGAUUUGGCCACACCUAAUGUUUGUGCUAUCUCUCUGAUGGGUUUGUUUUGAUUUUUCAGCCUAAGGAUGGCUUGCUUCACUGGCAUUGACAGCUCUUUGGACUUCAUAUUGAGGGUUAACAGCAACAGAUUCCAAAUGCAAAUGCCACACUUGAAAUCAACUCUAGACCUUUUAUCUGCUUACUUGUAAAUGAACUAAUGAGGGAGUAACACACAUCUGGCCAUGGAACAGCUGAGCAGCCAAUUGUCCAAUUACUUUUGGUCCCUUAAAAAGGGGGGGACCACAUAUAAAAAGUGCUGUAAUUCCUACACCGUUCACCCGAUUUGGAUGUAAAUACCCUCAAAUUGAAGCUGAAAGUCUGCACUCAAGUCUUCAGCUCAUAUUCAUUACUUAAUUUCAACUCAGAAUAUGCUGUGGUAGACAGCUAAAAUAAUAAUAACUUGGUCAAUGUCCAAAUAUUAAAGAUUGUUGCAUCUAUUUCCUAUGUUAAAUGUUAUAAGUACUGUAAGUAUAUGUUUGCAUGAACUGUUCCCUUUGUCUUUACAGCACCCUCAGAUGAUGAUGAUGAGGUAAUUGCUAUGAUCAAAGAGCUUCUGGACACCCGAAUCAGGUAUUAUUACAGUAGUUGUACAUAGCCCUUUUCUGACAUCUCCCUCCCUGUUGUCAGAAGUGUCUCUGCUCAUUGCGGUAUCGGUAUGAAUUAAAGUCUUAACUCAUGUGGUUUCCCCCAGGCCCACAGUGCAGGAGGAUGGUGGAGAUGUCCUGUAUUGUGGCUUUGAGGAUGGCAUUGUGAAGCUGAAGCUGCAGGGCUCCUGCACCAGUUGCCCCAGCUCCAUGGUCACACUGAAGAGUGGCAUCCAGAAUAUGUUGCAGUUCUAUGUCCCUGAAGUGGAAGGGGUAGAGCAGGUUUGUACCCUGUACAAAAUAACUUGCAGAAUUUGAGAUGAUUCAUGAUUGCCUGUAGGUCCAAUUCUCGAUUUCACAAGAUGAAUUUCAUGUACUUUCCCAGGUGAAGGAUGAGCAAGAGGAAGUUGCCCAAGGCUGAGUCCAAUGGAAACUACUGACUCUACAGACAUUCCUCUCACCCUCUCCCCUCCAGUAGCCACUCCUGACUCCAUCCUAUAGCUGAUUUAAUGAGCAUCGUAGAGGCCUGUCUAAAGCACAGCAGUGGCAAAAGAAGAACUGUGGGGUUAUUUGGAGAGAUUUCUAAUUGAACAUCAUGGCAGUUUUCAGAGAUUGUCAGUCAUUCUGGCUAUGGGAUUCAGGGGGUAAGAGAUGAACGCCUUGUCUGAAGUAGUGUCUUUGUCCUGCUGCUUGCUUUGAAAGGCUUGCAGGCUGAAGGACUCCAACUUGAACUUCUGUCUGACAAUGAAUUUAUUACAGUAUCUAGUGUUAUCACACCAUAUAACUCAGUAAGUAUUGGUUAUUUAAGGCCCGAUGCAGCCGUUUUAUAUCAAUAUCAAAUCAUUU